AUGAUCCGUGUCCUGCAAACCGCCAUGGCUGGCGCUCUCAAUUUAUCUUCUUCUUAUUCGUCAUUCAAAAACCCUAGCUUAGUAUCCAUUUCCAAUCCUAAACUCUUCAAUGGAGUAUUUUUCAAAACCCGCCUCUGUUUCUCCACUCGAAUCUCCAAUGCCUCAAUUCGCUGCUUUACGUCCAAUGCCAUUGACAAAGUCCGAGUUCAAAACCCUAUUGUCGAAAUGGACGGUGAUGAAAUGACACGAGUCAUCUGGAAAAUGAUCAAAGACAAGUUGAUAUUUCCAUAUCUGGAAUUGGAUGUAAAGUAUUUUGAUUUAGGGAUUUUGAACCGCGAUGCCACUGAUGACAAAGUUACCGUUGAAAGUGCUGAAGCCACUCUUAAGUAUAAUGUUGCCAUAAAAUGUGCUACAAUUACUCCAGAUGAGACUAGAGUCAAGGAAUUUGACCUAAAAGCUACGUGGAGAAGUCCCAAUGGCACAAUCAGAAACAUAUUGAAUGGAACUGUUUUUCGUGAGCCAAUCUUGUGCAGCAACAUUCCCAGAAUUGUUCCUGGCUGGAAUAAACCCAUUUGUAUUGGCAGACAUGCCUUUGGUGAUCAAUACCGUGCCACCGAUACAAUCAUAAAAGGACCUGGAAAACUUAAAAUGGUUUUUGUGCCAGAAAAUGGGGAAGGACCCAUGGAACUAGAUGUCUAUGACUUUAAAGGUCCUGGUGUUGCCCUUGCCAUGUAUAAUGUUGAUCAGUCUAUUCGAGCAUUUGCAGAAUCAUCAAUGGCAAUGGCAUUUGCAAAAAAAUGGCCUCUAUACUUGAGCACUAAGAAUACAAUUCUUAAGAAGUAUGAUGGCAGGUUCAAGGAUAUAUUUCAGGAGGUAUAUGAAGAGAAGUGGAAGGAACAAUUUGAAGAACAUUCAAUAUGGUAUGAGCAUCGCUUGAUCGAUGACAUGGUGGCUUAUGCUAUGAAGAGUGAUGGCGGAUACGUUUGGGCCUGUAAGAACUAUGAUGGAGAUGUCCAGAGUGAUUUGCUUGCACAAGGAUUUGGUUCUCUAGGCCUGAUGACUUCUGUUUUGUUGUCGGGUGAUGGCAAAACAUUAGAAGCUGAGGCGGCUCAUGGCACUGUAACUCGCCAUUAUCGGUUGUAUCAGAAGGGACAAGAAACGAGUACAAACAGCAUUGCUUCUAUAUUUGCAUGGACAAGAGGAUUACAACACAGGGCAAAACUUGAUGGAAAUGAAAAGUUGUUAGAUUUUUCUCACAAGCUAGAAGCUGCGUGCAUUGAGACAGUAGAAUCUGGAAAAAUGACCAAGGAUCUUGCCAUUUUGAUUCACGGACCAAAGGUUUCAAGAGAGUUUUACUUGAAUACAGAAGAGUUCAUUGAUGCUGUUGCACAUAAUCUCGAGUCAAAGCUUCAAUCACCAUCGCUUGUUUAA